GAAGAAGAGGAGGAGGAGGAGGUACCAGAGCUUAGAGGAGGCGGAAAAAGCAGCGAUUCUGAGGGGGAAAAAAAACAGCUGAGAAAGUGCAGGCACAGACGGGAGCUGUUGCCCUUCAAUCGGAGGGCUAUCUGGAGCUAAAACAAACAGCGCCUCCUCCGCACUGACCUCCCCCGAGGGACGCGCCGCGCUCUCCGGGCAGCGGUCAUGGCCACGCUGGAGGGCUGCCUCUGUCGGGGUGCCAGCCUCCGAAACAACACCACCAGCAUUCUGUACAGUAUUUUAAAGAGCGACAGAGAAGAUCAACAGCAAGAAACGCUACACAACUUACUCCACAGGUCCGCCGCCUCAGCUUCCUCCGGGCUGGCCUGGCAGCAGGAGCCUCCCCGACAGCAGCAGGCGUGCUCGUGCGGGGCGACGCGGCGCCGCGGGGUCCUCCGGUCCCCCCAGGUGACGUGCAAAGCUGCGUCCGCCAUCCUCGUCAAGACGCUCCGCUUCGUCAAGAACGUCCCUUGCUUCCGGGAGCUGCCGGAGGACGAGCAGGUGGUCCUGAUCCGGAGCGGAUGGGCGCCCCUGCUGGUGCUGGGACUGGCGCAGGACCGCGUGGACUUUGAGACCACGGAGACCGUGGAGCCCAGCAUGCUGCAAAGGAUCCUAACCGGGGUGCCGGGGGCGGCCCAGAACGAAGCGGUCGUGGCAGCAGGAGCUGGCGGUCCGAGCAGAGGCGGAGGUGCGGGCGUGUCUGUAGCGGACAUCGAUACCAUUAAAGGCUUCCUAAAGAAGUGCUGGAGUGUGGACAUCAGCACCAAGGAGUACGCCUACCUGAAGGGAGCUGUGCUUUUUAAUCCGGAUCUGGAGGGUCUUCGCUGUCUCCCGUACAUCCAGUCCCUGCGCCGCGAGGCCCACCAGGCCCUCAACGAGCACGUCAGGCUGAUCCACCGUGAGGACACCACGCGUUUCGCGAAGCUGCUCAUCGCUCUGUCCAUGCUGAGGUCCAUCAGCCCGUCGGUGGUGGCCCAGCUCUUCUUCAAACCCAUAAUCGGCAGUGUCAACAUCGAGGAGGUCCUCAUGGAGAUGUUCUAUGGGAAGUAGUAAGGACCACCUUUCCAGCUGCUGGAGAGGCUCUUAGUAUUGGAAAGAAAGGGUUGAAUUUGAAAAGGGACUUAGGAAAAAAGAAAUGAGUGACACAAGCUGGAGGGAACGUUAGAGAACAAAGUAUAAAGCAGCUUAACUUAUUUGUUUUAUAUAAACUAUUUUUCUAAAAUAAAAUGUCUCAUUGAAGUGUUUUUUUUUCUAUUUCUAUACAUUCUACAAGCAGAUAUCACUUACAGGCUGAUAGAACAAGCCGUUUUCUCACCAAUCUCACCUUGAGCCAAUUUAGGUCAUGCUGAGUCAGGAGCUUGUUGACAUAAUGAUAAAGGUCUAGUGUGCCACUUUUCGAAGACAGGUCAUCUUAUAUUCUGCUAAAAUGAAACAUUUUCACUUUAGGUACAGCUGCACAAUCAAUUUGAGUCCACUUCUGGCGUUGAUGCAGAAGAAGAUCACUCUGUAAAAACGCUAGCCAAAGAUCUUCAAUACUGUAUGACAGUACUGAGGACUUUUGAGGACGUACUGCAAGAAACAAGACAAAGAUCCUCUAUAUGACAGGAGUGCUCUGCUGUUUUUAAGGACCCACUGCACUGCAAAAAAAACACUAAUAAAAUACCUUAUUUUGCCUAGAAAAACAUCUGAAAAAGACAGGUCGUCUUAUAUUUCAAUGUCGUCUCCUAUCAUCGUGAAGCAGAAUUCACCAAACGUUGGAUUGUUCACCCACUAAUAGGGAACAUGAGCUGGGAUUAGACCAUCGUGAGGCAGGUUCGUUUUACCCUACUGAUGAUGUGUUAUUGCAUCAUGCUAAUCCUGCUACUACAUGCAAGGUGGCAACAAAUGACUUCUUUUGAAGCGAGUCAGACCUUUUCUUCCUGUCACUCACACACACAAAGUGAUUUGCACAGAUGUAUUUUAUAUUCAGGUGCACCGGGUAUUUACCCUGCAGAAGAAUAUGGGAUAUUGCAGUGAGGAAAGAUGCGGAAAAUGCACAUUUGGACAGACAUUUGGGAGUUGUUGCUUUAUGGAACAUGUGUCAAACUCAAGGCCCGGGGGCCCUCGAAAGCCUGGGAAUGAUGUUUGUCAAAAAUGCACUUCACCCUUACCUUCAAAAUGUAGAUUUCUCCUUUUGACAGAAAAAUUGUACACAGUGCAUCUUCUAAACUUUAAUAUGAUCUGAUCGUGCAGCAAGAUAUUCCAAGCAUUUUUAAAAAAAUAAAUACUUGAAUUUUUGCUUGUCACCUUGACAUUUUGACUUCAGUUGUGAUUUCAAAGCAAGUUAUCCAUCACUUUGUUAAUACAAAUGUAAUAAUCAAAUGCAUGGGUAAUUGUUUAAUAAUAUCAUGAAGUAUGAGUUUAUAUUCAUAUUUCUAUUCACACUUAUUGAAAGUUACAAGUGGCCCUUUGAGAGCAGCCAUAACUGCAAUGUGGCCCUCAAUGAAACAGAGUUUGACACCCCUGCUUUAUGGCUAUCAGACAGAUAAUAAAUUCAAUCAUAUCAGCUUUGUGGAUUGGAUGGAAUACUAAGCACAGCUAAUGCACAAGUGUAUUAGGACCUAGUGAGCGAAAGAGAGUCCAAAGUCUGUGACAAUGUCAGCACCAGUAAAGUUUAGAGCAGGGGUCACCAACGUUUUUCCUUGUGAGAGCUACUUUUACAAAAUGAAAAUGGCCAAGAGCUACUCAUUUUUGUAACAUUUAUUUUCAGAGCUCAUUUUAAACCCAAACAAAGCGAAUAUGCUUGUUUUACCAGAACAUGAACAAAAUUCUGGUGUCCACAACUCACAUUUUGUAUUUCAGAAUGCAUUUCUUUCUACUGUUCUUUCAUUAUUAACUGAAACCUGAAUGAAAAGCGGGCUUGCGGGGCACCUCAUGUGUUCGUGGGGGGCUACCUGGUGCCCGCGGGCACCACGUUGGUGACCCCUGGUUUAGAGACUCCUUCUUUUUAAACAACAUGGGAAAGUGUGCCCAAACUUUUUACUUGUGCUGCAUGUCAGUAAACAUCACAUGAGGCUUAAUUUGAUUGCGUAAUAUGAACAAAGCCAUUGAUUAACAGUGUAAUCAGAUGGGAAGUGACUCAACAAUUAGAUGGAUGUGUAAAGGAGUUGAAAAUGCAUUUUAUUUAUUGUUUCUAAAUGUGUGUUUUUUGUUUAUCAUUCAAGUAUUGGUUUCUAUGUUUAUGAAUUUUAUCUCAAUUAAUUAUAUUUUUUUUGUUAAUUUAUUUGUUCCUGUUUUUAUU